AUGGCUGGGGGACAUGUGGAGUUACAGUGCCAGCUGUUCCCCAAUAUCAGUGCCAAGGACAUGGAGCUGAGGUGGUACAGGUGUCAGGCCUCCCUGGCUGUGCACGUGCAUGAGACAGGGAUGGACAUGGAUGGAGAACAAAAGUCGCAGUACAGAGGAAGGACUACCUUCAUGAGUGACCACGUGGCCAGGGGCAAGGCCAUGGUGAGGAUUCACAGGGUCACCACCUUCGACAACAGGACAUACUGCUGCCACUUCAAGGAUGGUGUAAAGUUCGGCUAGGCCAUUGUGCAGGUGCAGGUGGCAGGGCUGGGCACAGACCCCAGAAUCCAGGUGAUGGAAUAGCAGGGUGGAGUCAAGGUGGAGUGCACAUCAGCAGGCUGGUUCCCCAAGCCCUGGGUGGAAUGGCGAGACUUCAGGGGCCAGGCUAGGCCUGCUGUGACCAAUCUCUCAGCCUCGGCCACCACCGGGCUCUGGGCUGUGACGUCCAGCUUGAUGCUCUGGGACAAGGCUGUGGAGGGUCUCUCUUGCUCCAUCUCCAGCCCUCUCCUCCCUGAGAGGAGGAAGGUGGCCAAAAGUCACCUGCCCGGUGAGUCCUCUGUUCAGUUCUGUCCUCACAAUCAGUGA